AUGAGGGAUGAAAAUCGGCGGAUGGCCGACCAGUUGUGCACAGAGCGCAAGAGGGUAGACACCCUUGUCAAUGUGGUGGGCCGGUUAUGGGACGUUAUGAACAAGAGUUUCCCCGGGAGUGUGGGUCCAUUCCCUCAGGAACUCAUCGAGGCUGAGAGUCCCAACAUCUACAUCACCUCUCCAACGGCGACGACCUCGCGGUACCCUCCACCGUUAUCCAUGAACAUCGCGAACCCCUCAUUACACGGCAUGCACUCGCACGCGAUGAACAGCCCUUCGUCCAGCCCUACCGCCGCAGACUUCCCCGCCCACCAUCACCAACAGCAGCAACAUCACCAGCUGCAUCCUCACCACACUCAUACCCUCUCCCGCCAACACAGCUUUCAACACCUCUCCUACUCGCGCGGCGAUGGUUCUGGCAGCGGGACACCCGGCUCCCCGGGUUCAGUCUCGAUGGACCUGAUGGAUGACUUCGACCCUCACCACCGUAACAAUAAACGACCUCGCCUCUCGGCAGACGUGAACGGGCUCGAUAGUGGCGGGACACCAGGGAGCGGCGACUCGAUACAUCUGAUGUCUACCAUGAGCAGUCCCGCGACGUCAACUGCUGCAUCAUCGCUGGCUGCUGCGAAGAAGGCUGUUCGGGCACGGAGCGAUAGUGCGCCGCUGGGUUAUACGAACAGCUAUACCACUGGCGGGCAUGGUGGGCUUGGGCCAUGGGGUGCUGGCGGGGGAUUGGGCGCUGGCCUAGGAGGUCAGGCUGGCAGACCGAGGAGCGGGAGCGGGCUCGGGUUGGGGAUGGGUCCUAGGAUCCCAAACAUCAACAACAUGACGAGGAGUGGAGGUGGGACGCCCAUGCUGAGUAUUGCGACUGUUGGGGACGGGAUGGGGAGGUAA